AUGGUGGGUGAUUUGCUUACAAAGGUCACAUCACCCACGCCAUCGCCAAAGGAGGUUGGCGGGGCGGCGAUACAAUGGGUGUGUACGAGGAGGGGGAGGAUGGUGGUUAUGAUGGCUGUGUUGUUCUCGGUUUUUCUAGGGCUGACAGGCAUGAAGCACCGUGAGGAAUUGCCGUCAAGAUACCGUGGCAUGUCUUCAUAUUAUCCCUGGAGAGCAUAUAUUCCUACCCUGCCCGAAUCCAUAAGCUUGUCGUUCAAGACACCCUCGAAUUUGACGUUACAGAUUGAAAACGGCCAAAUCGACCAUGUACCGGCAAAACCUAAAAAGACGACGCCCAACUUCCACCUCGUCACGCCGUUUGAGUACGAGUCAAGCGACUUUUGCAAAUCGGCGUUAUCUGCCAUGUUGCUCAACUACCCUCCACCGACUGUGGUACAGUUUAAGUCAGGCCAUGCGACGAGCGAAAAGCGUCAUGAGGCGAUUCUCAACGACACGCUGCAUUACUUGAGCAAUACGAAGUUGGCCAAGGACAAGGAUCUGGUGCUCAUCGUUGAUGCACAGCAGACGUGGUUCCAGCUUCCAAGCGAUGUGAUGAUUGAGCAGUACAAGCGGUUGCUUGAGGAUGGCAAUUUACGGUUAUUGAAGAGAUAUGGAACUGACGAGAAUGGGUUUCAGAAGUUUAACCAGACGAUCUUAUUUGGGGCAGAGAAGAUGUGCGAGGGCGAUGACAAGGCGUGCAAAUACGUGCCGUUGUCGCCAUCUCCCAACAACUUGUACACCACCGAGACUGGCCGGCUGAUAUCAGAGACGCCUGCCAAGUUUAUCAACGCCAGGAUGGCCAUGGGUCCGGCGAGCGAUUUGAGAAGGUUGUAUCAGGCUGCGCAGAAGAAGUUUCUGGACGGCAAGAACAAGAAUUAUCCAUUGGCCUCGACUACACCCACACCCUCUUCCAACCCCUCCUUUACACUAACCCCCAACGAACUCAUCCCCAUCGUCCAUAGCGAAAAAAACAACCUAACUACCUACACCCACUUCAACCGCGACCCAUCCUACCUCACCCCUCCAGCCUCCCUCAACCAUACAACCACGCCCUUCUCGCCCCCAGACCCCGUAAAACCCAGUCUCUCCGCGCAUACCCACUCGGCACACAUCAGAAACCUCGACUACGACCCCAAAAUCGACACCUUACCCGACCGCAACGUCGCCUGGACCGACGUCCCUCUAGUUCAAAAUACCUACACGGGCGCCAUCCCCGCUGCCUUGGCUGCACAGUUAGCUCGCGAACCCAACCUCGCCCCGUCGAAGAUAACCUGGGAUUCACUUUGGUACGCAGACUACCGGCGCGCAUUGCUCCGUGUCUACUUCCGCGCACCGCAGUCGGCAGUAGGCUACCAUGAGUCUGCCGUUGGCGGGGAUCGCAUGUGGGAUGCGCGCGGGGGACGGGGCGGAGUGUGGACAGCGGUGGAGCAGAGCUGGUUUGCUUGGGGCGAGGCGGAUGGGGUGUGUGGCGCGGUGGAGGAUAUGAAGGGCGUGUUUGGGGGUGCCAAGGGG